AUGGCCUCCCUCUCGACCUACGCAUCCCGCUUCCUCGCCUCCGGUCUCGGCGCAUCCAUCAGACCAGGCCAGAUCGAUGACACUGCUACCGACGCCUCCCAAGAGCCCCUCUUCUACGGUCAGGCGUCCGUCACUGGUGCCCCCUUCUCCCAUGACCGCAACGACCCGUACGGACCCGAGUACAGCCUCUCGAGCUCCGACGGAUUACCGCCAGCGCCAUCCGUCCAUAAACACCACGGCAGGCCCGUUCACCAGAGCGGGCUGCUUCACAGCCUGACUGGCGCCAGCAGGUACGGGCCUGCCUCGUUCAUCGGCGCGGGGCGCGGACGGGGGACAGGAGGCAAUGCUGGCGGAGGCGGUGGAGUCAGGGACUCGCUCAUCCGCGAGAUCGACGACGAGGAGGACGUCGACCUGUGGAGAGACGAGAGGCGAAUGACGGACAUCGCAUCUCGCCUUGGCGCGAGCACUGGCUCAGAGGGGCUGCAUCCCAGCCACGAGGAUGAGAGGCGACAAGAGCGCACCCGUGGCAACGCCAGCGCCGCCACCGGGGGCGACACGCAGGAUCCUUUCCUCGCCGAUGGCGACCUCGACCGCGACGAGUCCUCUAGCAUCGCCGAGAGCCGCGGUCGUGGCAGCGUCGCCGGCCGAUCCUCUGCCACGUCCCCUUCGCGCAUUUACGCACAGCCUGCAUCCGCAGCGUCAGCGGCCGGACAUCAGCUCUCCCCGGCCCAGGUCAUGGGCAGGGCCAAAGGGUGGCUGGCUCACGGCUCCAUUGCUGAGUCGGUCUUGCCCGCCGAUCGGAAGGGCAAAGGCCGGCAGAACAGCCAAGGCCGGGGCGGCAGAGGUCGCAAAGAAGCAGGGUCCAGCCUCUCCCGGCUGCCUAACGACAUCUACCGCGACCCAGAUCUCGACGAGGAGGGCUCGGCCCCUGCGUCCCGGUACGGAACCUCGUCCGCUUCCCAUCACGUCGAACAUGAGCCCGGACGCAGGAGCCGGGAGCGUGGAGGGCACCGAUCGCGGGGUCCGGGCCUCUAUAGCAUCUACGACGAGGAGGACGAGUCAGAGGGGGAGCUCAGCGGCCUUUCUCGGUCUCGCUCGACCUCGAUCUCGGCAUCCUCGGUCACAGACUCGGGGACCGAGACGGACGACGGACGGCCGCGGCAACAUCGGAAGACUCACCGGUCCUCCAAGCGGCCACAGGUCAAUCGCAACCGCACACGCAACAUGUCGUCGACGAUGCGGGACCCGUUGCUUCCCCUCGGCGGCUCGCGCCACCACGGCCGCCGCUCCUCGGAGUCGGAGAGCGACGAGGGCUCGGUCAUGGGCUCUGACCGAGACGAUAUCGCACGCAAGGACGAAGAGGACACCGCCAUCUACGUCUACCCCUCUCCUCCGGCUCGAUCCGGCUGGGGCCCCUGGGCAAACCGACUCGCCGUCGGCAAAUACAAAGACAAGACGGCCAUCGUGUGCUUCGCGGGCGCCGUCGCCGCCAUCGUGCUCUUUGGGCUUGCCAUGAGCUGGGGCGUCAAUUCGCCCUCGCCGCCCAAGACGCCCAAGACCCGGCCGUCGUCGUACUACACGAUAACGCGGUCGCUGCCGAUCCUCAUCCUCAUGACGCUCUUUGCGUUCGGCGCAGGGCUCGGCAAUCUCUUGCUUUUGCGCAACUUCGGCCGGCUGGGAGGCGCUCAGAUUCUGCGGACCGGCCUAAUGGCGGUCCCAAUCGUGCUCGGGCUGGGCUGGACCUGGGCGCUAGCCGGAAGCUUCAUCUAUGACGACGAGGGUUGGAGCGGAGGCGGCUGGAGCACCACCGGUCUGCGGGUCAUCUCCAUCAUCCCGCUGGGCCUGGCGGUCGUCUUUGCGCGGAUGGUUUGGUCGCGGCGCAAGGCGCUCAACAAGUCGAUCGCGGUCAUCGAACUUUGCUGCGGCAUCGUUCUCGACCACCCGGCUCUCCUCGUCCUCUCGGUGGCCUCCCUCGGCGCGUUUCUGGUCCUCACCAUCCCCUUCCUCUUCAUCUUCACCCGCCUCUUCUUGGUCGGCCACUUUAGCAAGCCGGUCGGCGACUCUGUCGAGUGGAAGACGGACAGGCGGGCGGCGUGGCUCGCGUGGGCCACUCUCGCGACAUGGCUCUGGACCUGGGCGGUGCUCCGAGGCGUCCAGAGGGUCACGGUGGCGGGCGUGGUGAGCCACUGGUACUUUCACCGAAACUCUGCGGCAAGAGGUCAGGAAGGCCAGGCCGGCACCGACAAGCGGCAGCCGGACGACGAACACAGCGACUACGUCUACGGCGAGGACGACGGCGACUCCAUCUACGGACCCGGGCCUUCGGCGCCGGGGGCCUACGGGCCCAACACUGCUGCGUCGGCGGGUCGAUCGAGGUCUGCUGGCAGUCAACCUUCGGCAGAGCCGGAUCCCACCGAGAUCGUGCGCGCCUCGUUUGCCCGGGCCACGGGCCCUGCGCUCGGCAGCAUCUGCCUCGCCGCCUUGAUCUUGUCCAUCGUCAGGACGCUCACCGUCAUCGCCGAGACUGCAAGGCGGGCGUCGGAGGCAACGGCCCAGCGGCGGACGCCCAAGCUGCUGCAGCCCCUGACGCACGUCGUCGCCUUUCUCGCCGGGCUGGGCACGCUGGUACAGGGCUUCAGCAACCUGACGUUGGUCUACGUCGGCAUCACGGGCGAGGGCUUUUGGGCGGCCACCAAGAAGAGCGUGCAAACGGUCGGACGCCGUGGCAUGCGUGGCGCCUUGGAAGGUUUGAUCAUCAACCUCGUGCUCGACCUGACGGCCAUCGCGCUUUCGUUCCUGUGCGGCAUCGCUGGGUUCCUGUUCAGCGCGCACCAGCUCCACGUCCCCGCCGACGCGCCGCUCGUGGGCCUGCUGUGCGCCGUGGUGCCCUACUGGACGCUGCGGCUCUGCGCCGACGUCUUGACGAAUGCCGCCGACACUCUCUACCUGUGCUACGCCAUCGACAGCGACGCCGAGACCGGGCACGCCCACGCCGUCGGCGAAGCGCUCAAAGCACGACCAGACACGACAGGCUCGUCGAUUCUCCCCUUUUGA